GAGACCCGUCUUUAAAGGCGCGAGAACGGUGCCCCUGGUUAUGGUUGUGCUUCCAGUACGAAGCCGCAAGCUCUACCCAGAAAUAAAAAGAUGGGCAGAUUGUGUUAUUGGCAUCCCGACUGUUUGUGUGCUAGAAAAAACGCUUUCAAAAGGAGGGGAUCGUGCUAGAUGUGGUAAUAUUAGCUUGAAGUUCAAUCUCAAAUUGGGAGGCGUCAAUCAAGAAGUGAGCGAGGGGUGUGGCAUCAAAGCCCGGACUAUGGUUGUUGGAGCAGAUGUCACACAUCCUGGCGACGAGGAAGUAUGUCCUUCCAUAGCUGCGGUAGUGGCCACCGAUGAUAAUAGCCAAUUCAAAUAUCUCGGUUCUGCACGACUCCAGGAAGGGAAACAAGAGUACAUUUCUGACCUUCGAGGCAUGAUGAGAGAAAGACUUCUUGUCUGGGCAAGACGUGUCCUCGAAGGUCCACCGGGGCUUGGUGGCGUGUACCCAAAGAUUCUUCCCGACCAUAUUCUUUUCUACCGAGAUGGAGUGAGCGAGAGUCAGUUUGGCAUGGUUAGACAUCACGAAACCCAACAAAUUUUCGACGGAUGUUCCGAUGCAUACACGGAAAUGAAACGUCAUCUCGAGAAAAAUCGACUUAAGACCCUUCUUAAAGUUCCUGGCGGUGAGAAAUGGAAACCGAAACUCACCCUUAUCGUUGCAAUCAAGCGACAUCAUACUAGAUUUUACCCCCUGACUUUAGUAGACGGCGACCCAAAUUUGAAUGCUGGAACUAUCAUCGAUUCGAUAGUAGUGACACCCAAUCACUUUAGUUUCUACUUGCAGAGUCAUUGUAGUCCACUAGGCACGGCGAGAAGUACUCAGUAUGUUGUGAUUUAUGAUGAUCUUGAUUACAAGUCAACUCCACAGAGUAUCAUGAACAUUACAAAUAAGCUUUGUUACACUGGCGCCCGCGCCUCCAAAGCCCUCUCUGUCUGUACACCAGCUCGCUAUGCAGACCUCCUGUGCGAUCGCGUGAGAUGUUAUUUGAAGCCCGUAUUAGAGGGCUACCUGGAUAAGAGCAGCACGAAUGACAUGGAUGGAACACAAAGAGCAGCUAUUUAUGGAGAGAACACGCUUGUUUGGAAGCCAAAUACUUCAGAUAAGUUGGAAAGUGGGUGGAAAAAUCCUUGGCAUCCAUCUCUCAGCGAUGUUAUGUUUUACCUCUGACGUGGAAGGCUUUCCACAACACAGAAUCGGGCAUGAAAGUGGCGUUUGGGUCUAGAACAUGGCGUUUAUGCUUAAUUUUCGUUCAGGUGCCGCGAAAUUUUGUCUAGUUCUUUAGGAAUAAAAAUAGAGUGAGUAUGAUUUCUUCUUUUCGUGGUGGAGAUACAUGAAGAAGUAAACAGACGUUCCAUUGGCUCAGCAAACAUUCGCCACGAAGCUCUCUAGAAAAUUAAGCGAGCGAGGAUUUCCCCUCGCAUACCCCGAGAAACGCUAAUUCCCCGUAACUCGAUACAUCACAUUUUCCCAUGCCAGGAAUGCAGAAAAGCAAAAUCUCAGCCUUAAAUCCAAGCUCAGCCUCAAGUAUUCGAACUUAA